AUUUUAUUGAAUGUUUGUUUACAUUUCUUGUUGAUUAUUGUUUAGUAAUUUGGAAUCAACUGAAUUCAAAAUUUCUCUGAUUUGUGUGUAUUUGAAAAUUCAGCUGACUAUUCGUUGGUUUGUCCAUCACCAAUAGCUGUUCAUCCGUUUUGUAUUGGUGCAUUAGUUACAUUGUUAUUAGUAGAUUUGUUACAUUGACUUUUCCCAUUUUGGUUAUUCUGUGAGAGAAUCAUUUAAAUCCAAAUAUGGCGAUGUACAAAGGAGCUGCCAGUGAGGCCGGAAGAGCCAUGCAAUUACAAAAGAAGAGAGAGAUGGCUAAGGAAGAGUUGGAACACCGGAAAAAGAAAAUUGAAGAAGAAUUGAAAUUAUCGAGUAUCGAUAGUAAAUUUGCAGCUCAUUAUGAUGCCAUUGAAGCUCAACUUAAAUCAUCUACUAUUGGUCUGGUUUCUCUCGAUGAAAUGAAAGCUAAACAAAUUGAUUUUGUCAAAGAACGAGAAAGAAAGUUAGUUCAGAAAAAUGAACAACUCAAAUUGAAAGAAAUCGAGGAAAAAAAGGAACAAAAAGAAAGACAAAAGAGACAAAUACAAACAUUGUCAUUCAAAUUUGAUGAAGAGGAAGAGGAAGAUGAAUCCGAAGAAGGACAAGGAAAAGUAGACCAUGAGAAUACCCAAGCACCGGAUAUACCACAGAAAGAAUCAUUAGAAACAUCACAAAGUGAUCAAACAAUCAUAAAAUCAGAGUCUACCAUCAAUGAAGAUGAAACUUCCGUUGAUAAACCAAAUGACAGAUUAGAUUAUGAAAGUCAUUCUGAAGAUUCAAACAGCAGUUUAUUACAUCCAUGUAAAAAGAAAAAGAUGAUGAAAAAUCCAGAAGUUGAUACAAGUUUUCUACCUGAUCGAGAAAGAGAAGAAGAGGAAAAAAGACUUCGAGAAGAAUUACGGCAAGAAUGGGUUAAACGUCAAGAGAAGAUUAAAAACGAGGAAAUUGAGAUCACAUUUUCUUUUUGGGAUGGAUCAGGUCACAGGAGGAGCGUCAAAAUGAAGAAGGGAAAUACUAUCUACCAAUUCUUACAAAAGUGUUUGGAAUUACUUCGAAAGGAGUUUCAUGAACUCCGAGCAAUAGCCGCCGAUCAAUUGAUGUAUGUCAAGGAAGAUUUAAUCAUUCCACAUCAUUAUACUUUCUAUGGCUUUAUUGUAACCAAAGCGAGAGGUAAAUCCGGACCUUUAUUCAGUUUCGAUGUACACGAAGAUGUCCGUUUACUUGCGGAUGCAACGGUUGAAAAGGACGAAUCCCAUGCGGGUAAAGUUUUAAUGAGAAGUUGGUACGAGAGGAACAAGCAUAUAUUUCCUGCUUCUCGGUGGGAACCUUAUGAUCCAAGCAAAAACUAUGAAAAAUACACAAUAUCAGACAAAAAGUGAUUCAAACUCAACAAUAAUAUUAGCUAAUUAGCUAAAAUGUUAUCUACAAUCGAUAAUCUCAUGUUAAUUUAUCAACUACUUGUGAUUAAUCUGCAAUUAUUUUGUAAAUGAGAAACUUUUUACCAUCACCUUGAUGAUUUAUCAAUUCUGUUCAGGAUUUAUUCAUCACAAUCGAUUUGAUAAUUUGAAUAGAAUUUUCUUUCAAGUUAAUUACCUUGAUAAA